AUGAGCCUGAGAGCAAAUCGCAAAGAGGCAAGGCAAGGCAAAGGCUCUAUGAGUGUCCAACAAGGAACACAAUGCAAAGAAUUGAGCUACCCCAAGAACCUGCCGCAGAUUUCCCUCAUUUUUAUCUUUGUGAAUGAAGCUUUGUCUGUUAUCCUUCGCUCUGUGCACAGUGCAGUGAAUCACACACCAGCCCAUCUACUCAAAGAGAUUAUCCUUGUGGAUGACAACAGUGAUGAUGAAGAACUAAAGGCCCCAUUGGAAGAAUAUGUCCACAAGCGUUACCCUGGCCUGGUGAAGGUGGUGAGAAAUGAAAAGCGCGAAGGCCUAAUCCGAGCCCGAGUGCAGGGAUGGAAAGCUGCAACAGCAUUGAUCACCGGAUUCUUUGAUGCCCAUGUGGAGUUUAGUGCAGGAUGGGUUGAACCAGUCCUGGCCAGAAUUAAAGAUGACAGAAAGCGAAUUAUCCUUCCCUCUAUUGACAACAUCAAGCACAAAACAUUUGAGGUUCAGCGUUAUGAGAACUGUGCCCAUGGUUACACCUGGGAGCUCUGGUGUAUGUAUAUUAGCCCUCCCAAAGAAUGGUGGGAUACAGCAGACCCUACAUUGCCAAUCAGGACACCUGCCAUGAUCGGAUGUUCAUUUGUGGUGAAUAGAUUGUUCUUUGGUGAGAUUGGCCUGCUGGACCCUGGAAUGGAUGUUUAUGGUGGAGAAAACAUAGAACUAGGGAUUAAGGUCUGGCUAUGUGGUGGAAGUAUGGAAGUGCUACCUUGUUCUCGGGUGGCUCACAUAGAACGCAUGAAGAAACCGUACAACACUGAUAUUGGGUUCUACACAAAGAGAAAUUCACUCCGGGUGGCUGAAGUAUGGAUGGAUGAUUACAAAUCCCAUGUUUAUAUUGCAUGGAAUAUCCCCAUGGAUGUGGGCAUAAAUGAUCCCAUGGCACUAGUUGAAGAAGAGUAG